CGAGAGCAUCGUGACAGACAAGGUUUCGCCGCGUGGGCUGACAAAGGGAGCUUCAUCACCUGCCUCCGCCAAUCUAAGCCACGACUUUGCCUGCAGAUCGGUGUUCGUAUACACAUAGAUAGCGUCAUGCUACCAACAACACCACACCUUCAACCUUCGCUGUUCACUGCACAGCCCGACGGCUCGAACGUCACGCUCUAUUAUCCUCACGUACAGUCAUCGUACGCAUGAAUUGGCGCGUUCAAGUCACGCUGGUGUGGACCAUACCGGGAAUGUAGAUUAGACACUCGUCAGACAGGAUUUACUGCAACUAAGAUACCCUCACGUCUCGCGACCAACGACUUCUCCGUCCUCACGUUCGUCACCUUAGGACCAAACGAUCGAUAACAUUAGCAUCGGCGACAUCCACGAGCGAUAAUGCCGCCGAGAUAUUUCCGCAACGAUGCUGAGGAGCUCGUGAGUCGAGAUCCCCGCCGUCAAUUGGAGGCCUCGCUCAAGCGCCUCGUCACAAACCAUCCUCCCUCCAAAGUCAAACUCGGCGGUGGGAUUUUCAAAGGUCCCGUCAGCGUCGCCUUCGUCUUCCUCGUGCUGCAACAAUUAUACCACGACCUCGUCAUCGAAGGCGAGCACAUGGGCGCUUGGGCUGCAGCCUAUCUCAAGCAAGCUCAAGAAAAUAUCAAAUCCUACCCGGGACCCGAAGUAGGAAAAUGCGGCAUCACAGACGACAUCCUCUCCCUCCUCGCCAUCAGCGCGGCUAGUACCAAGGAUGCGGACUUGGUCGCCAGCCUGUGCGAUUACUCCUCCGAGGUCAUCGACCCGGGGAGUGAGAAUGAACUGCUCUAUGGCCGAGCGGGGUACCUCUACCUCCUACGUCUAGUGAAAGCGUCAUUCGCGGACGAUCCGGACACCCUGCAACUCAUCACCGACACACAAGACGAUGUCGUCGACGCAAUUCUCGAUUCGCCUCGACCGUGGAAGUGGCGCUCUAAAAACUACAUCGGUGCUGUACAUGGUGCCAUGGGCAUCAUAACGCAAGUCGUUUUGACUAACCCGGCACGGUACGCGGAAAAGGUCCAGGCGGAGCUGGCUGUCACUUUAUCAUAUCAGUAUCCCAGUGGUAACUUUCCAAGCACGGUGCCACCGGAACGCGAUCGCCUCGUGCAGGUAUGUCACGGUGCGCCGGGAGUCAUCAUCAGUCUUUUGAGUAUCCGUGAUUACUUCCCACAAUUGCACGAGAAGAUCGACAAGGCCAUUGCGCGAGGCCGGGAGUGUAUCCUUGAGCGCGGUCUGCUGACGAAAGAGCCUUGUAUUUGCCACGGAAUCUCCGGAAAUGCAUUGGCUCUCGAACAGAAGCAAUUCGAGCACUUCUUAUCCUUCACGACAGGCAAGGAAAUGGAGUCGCUGAAGCGGGAUAACAUGUUGGAUCCCUCGGAUUCACCAGAAAGUCUUUACGGUGGCGAAGCAGGUAGAGCUUGGUGCUGGGCUGUUGCGGAUCUGGGACUUCCGAUGCGGAUACUUGGUUAUAAUGACCUUUGAUGAUUGCAACGUUGGUGAUCUGGUCGCAAUAUGGGAGCACAGGAAAUACUUGUGCGACGAUCUGGGAAAUUCGGAAUUGCUGGUACUACUGUGCGGUACCGAAUCCAGACGUCAGGUUUGAACGGUAUGCAUGAUCGUCCCAAAAACGCAGAAGUCCUGUAAGGCGGCUUUGGUUGAUUGCAUGCUUCGCCGAUGCACCCAUUCUGAAGGAGGGAAAUGAUAAGUAAAUGAUUGGAAUCCAGCGCUCAUCCCCGGCGCCGUCGCUUCUGCUUCGUCACUGUCUGCUCGACUUCGAAGACUUUGGACUCGUCGUCUUCGAGCUCUCUUUUCACCGCUUUCUCGAGAAAGUUUUCCGUCUUGAU